AAAUGAUUGAUUUCGAUCCCUCAACAUUUGGAUUAGCCCACACAUAUUAAAAGGAAGACAAAGAUGAAAUCAAUACUUUAAGUAUGCCUAGUGCACCUUAAGUGAUUUACAGAAGCUUAAAUGGUCCAACAUAAACGAAUGGAGGAAAUAAAUUAAAUAAUUUCAAACAUGGAACAACAACAUUGGGAUUUGUAUUUAAAGAGGGCAUUCUUUUGGCAGUAGAUUCAAGAGCUAGCAUGGGUAGUUUUUUGAGUAGUGAGCAAGUGCGAAAGGUCAUUGAAAUUAAUGAGUAUCUAUUAGGUAUGCAUAUAAUUCAAAUUAUUAUAGGUACAAUGGCUGGAGGUGCAGCUGAUUGUUAAUAUUGGUUGGCAUAUUUAGCCAAUCAUUGUAGAACAUAUGAACUAAAAAAUGGAAGUAAAUUGAGUGUGGCAGCUGCCUCCAAAUUCCUUUAAGGAAUUCUUAUUGGUUAUAAAAACUCUGGUCUCUCAAUGGGUUGUAUGAUAGCAGGUACUGAUCUAUCUGGACAACACUUAUAUUACAUUGAUAAUGAUGGAAUGAGAUUGAAGGGAGACAUCUUCUCAGUUGGCAGUGGUAGUACAUAUGCUUAUGGUGUAUUGGACAAUCAUUAUAGAUACGAUUUAUCAUUGGAUGAAGCAGUAGAACUGGGAGUCAGAGCUAUUUAUCAUGCAACACACAGAGACACUGCUUCAGGUGGUGUAGUUAGAGGUAACAAUUGAAGAUCAUUCUAGUUUAUCACAUUCAUUAGAAUGGUUGGACUAAAGUGCAUGAUGGAAUCGAUGUUGUCGAUUUACAUUAUAAAUUCGCAUAAUAAAAGGGAUUAGUAGGAGAUGGUGAUGAAGCUAAAUAGAGAUUGUUUUGA